GCCGCCUGAGAGGGCUGAGCCGGUCCUACUUCUCGGUCGGAGGGUCGGGGGUGAGGGACCGUGGCAGAGACGACUCGAAAGGGAGGAGGAAGGAAACGCCUGCCAGCCCCGGGGCUCUCGGAGAGCAGUCCCAGCAUGCUUCGCGCCGCGCCGCGCCGCGCCCGGUCUCGGACUCCAUUUCCCAGCGGCCACUGCCGCCGGCCCCGGCUGCCCGCCCGAGCGCCGCGGCCCCUUUGUGAGUCCGCCGGUCGGACCGCGAUCGAGUCCCCGCCCCGGCCCGCGGGGGCGCUCGGCUCCCGGUCUCCGCCGACCGCGCGGAGGGAGGUGCCGACCCGCAGGGAGGAGGCGCUCUAUUUUCUCCAGACACUGCCCUUCUCCCAGAGAGGAGCCUGAAGGAGGAGGACAGAAGAGCUGUCAUAAAUUCUUAAAUUCUUAAAGCCAUGUCCAAGGAUUUGGUGACAUUUGGGGAUGUGGCUGUAGAUUUCUCUCAAGAGGAGUGGGAAUGGCUGAACCCUGCUCAGAGGAAUUUGUACAGGAGGGUGAUGUUGGAGAACUAUAGGAGCCUGGUAUCACUGGGAGUUUCAGUUUCUAAGCCAGAUGUGAUCUCAUUACUGGAGCAAGGAAAAGAGCCCUGGAUGGUGAAGAAGGAGGGGACAAGAGGCACAUGCCCUGAUUGGGAGUAUGCAUUUAAAAACAAUGAAUUUUCAUCAAAGCAAGUUAUUUAUGAAGAAUCAUCCAAAGUAGCGACAAUGGGAAGAAGCCAUCUUAGUUAUAGCCUCGACUGCACCAGUUUGAGAGAAGACUGUAAAAGUGAGGACUGGUUUAAGAACCAGUUGGGAAGUCAGCAAGUACAUUCUAGUCAAUUGAUCAUCACUCAUAAAGAAAUCCGCACUGAAGAUCAAAGUAAUGAAUAUACUAAAUCUUGGCAAACUUUCCAUCAGGAUGCAAUAUUUGCUAUAAAACAGAGUUUUCCCACCGAAGGAAGAGUACAUAAGCAUGAGCCACAAAAGAGAAGUUACCAAAAAAAAUCUGUUCAAAUGAAACAUAAGAAAGUCUAUGUAGAAAAGAAACUUUUGAAAUGUAGUGAAUGUGAGAAAGUUUUCAACCAGAGCUCAUCUCUUACUCUUCAUCAGAGAAUUCAUACUGGAGAGAAACCCUAUGCAUGUGUCGAAUGUGGGAAAACCUUCAGCCAGAGUGCGAACCUAGCUCAACAUAAGAGAAUACAUACUGGAGAGAAACCUUAUGAAUGUAAAGAAUGUAGGAAAGCUUUCAGCCAGAAUGCACACCUUGCUCAACAUCAGAGAGUUCAUACUGGAGAAAAACCUUAUCAGUGUAAAGAAUGUAAAAAAGCCUUCAGCCAGAUUGCACAUCUGACUCAACAUCAGAGAGUUCAUACUGGAGAGAGACCUUUCGAAUGUAUUGAAUGUGGAAAGGCCUUUAGUAAUGGUUCAUUUCUUGCUCAACAUCAGAGAAUUCAUACAGGAGAGAAACCUUAUGUAUGUAAUGUGUGUGCAAAAGCCUUUAGCCAUCGUGGAUACCUAAUUGUACAUCAGAGAAUUCAUACCGGAGAGAGACCCUAUGAAUGUAAGGAAUGCAGGAAAGCCUUCAGCCAGUAUGCACACCUUGCUCAACAUCAGAGAGUUCAUACUGGAGAAAAACCUUAUGAAUGUAAAGUAUGUAGGAAAGCCUUCAGCCAGAUUGCAUACCUUGAUCAACAUCAGAGGGUUCAUACUGGAGAGAAACCCUAUGAAUGUAUUGAAUGUGGGAAGGCCUUCAGCAAUAGUUCAUCACUUGCACAACAUCAGAGAAGUCAUACUGGAGAAAAACCUUAUAUGUGUAAGGAAUGUAGGAAAACAUUUAGCCAGAAUGCAGGCCUUGCUCAACAUCAGCGAAUUCAUACUGGAGAGAAACCUUAUGAAUGUAAUGUUUGUGGGAAAGCCUUUAGCUAUAGUGGAUCUCUUACUCUACAUCAAAGAAUUCAUACUGGAGAGAGACCCUAUGAAUGUAAGGAUUGCAGGAAAUCUUUCAGGCAGCGUGCACACCUUGCUCAUCAUGAGAGAAUUCAUACUAUGGAGUCAUUCUUGACUUUUUCUUCUCCCUCACCCUCCAUGUCCAGUCAGCUGCCAAGACCUGUAGGUUUUAUCUCCUGAAUAUGCCCUGAAUCUGACUCCUUUAAUCCAUUUCCAUUCCAUCAUCUUUUUCCAAUACACAGUAAUCUAUUUGACAUGGACUAUGGAAAUAGCUUUCUAAUUGGUCUCCCCGUACUUACCAUUUCCUUUGCCAGUUGUCCACAUUGCAGCCAAACUUGUAGUUAAAAACAGUUUGAUAAUAUCAUUUCUCCCUCAUUAAAACCCCUCAUUGGCAUCCCACAGUUCUUAGGUUAAAGCACACAUUCCUCAGAAUAGCCUAGAAGAUCGCCCCUCCCAAUACCUUGUUCCAGUCUACCUUCCAAAGCCCUAUCUCAUGUCAGUAUCUAUCUCAUUCUUUAGAUACUUAUCCAGAAUUAAGAAAUCAUAUUCCAGCAUCAAAUAGGUCUGAGUUCCAAUCCUUGCUCUUCCAUUUUCUAGCCCUCUGGUUUUGGAGAAACAUUUGUCCUUUGUAAGCUUUAGUCGUCUUAUUUAUAUUAUGGAAAUAAUAAUGGUACUACCUCAAAAGUUAAUGGGAGAAUUAAAUGAGAUAAUGCACGUAAAUUGCUCAGCAGAGUGCCUAGCAUAAAGUAAUCACUCAAUAAGUAUUAAUGUAAGAUAAAAAGAUACUGUUGGUAUACAAAGAAGACCUGAUCAUCUCAGCAAUGAUCAGCUGAGAAAUAAGCAGUAGCAGCUCAAAACUCAAGAGAUUGUAAAGAUUUUUGAUUAAGAACAGUAGUCAUAGUUCUAAAGAUGGGUGACAAGGGUAUCUAAUACAGUAGGAUUGAUGUUCGAGUCUGUGAUGAUAUAGAGUAAGAUGGUAGCUUCUAUUUCAGCAUGAAUAUAUAGAGAGAUGACUUUGUUGGUAAGAAAAAACUAACUGCGUUAGAUAUUCAACAGUUCUAAGAAGCCAGAUUUAAAAAAUCACUUGUAAUAAGAUAAGUAGAAUUUACUGAGAUGUA